AUGGGCCGAGACCUUGCGCAGGGUUCUGAAGUUUAUGUGGGCGAUGCGGACAAGCAAACCAACAAUGCGAAAGAGAAGACUUUUCGAACUGCUGGCUUUGCAGCAUUUCUCUUGCUGGGCUUUACUUUGUGGCAAAGCUUCUUGAGUACAGGGAACGUUUAUGGCUGGCCCUCACUGCUGAACCUCCUGAGGAACGAGGGUGUGUACAGCCAAAAAUGCGACAACCGAUCUAUCUGUGCAGAGCGAACUGUCGCUUUCAACUUGGUCUUCACAGUGGGAAGCGCCACCAACAUCUCUGGUGCUGUUCUUUGUGGCGUCCUGGUGGAUUCUUGUGGGCCUCGUGGGGGAAUCCUUACCGGCCUUGUGCUGAUCAUGAUCGGUAGCUUGUUGAUGGGCUUUUCUGACGUCGAGAGUGAAUUUGCCUGGCCCUUGGCCUAUGCCUUCUAUGGCCUUGGUGGAAUGUGUGUACAUCUUUCUAGUACCUCGGCUAUCCAGGCUUUGAGCGUGUUCAUCAAGUUGACGACUGAAAAGUUGAGCAAGGGUUUGGUCAUCAGCAUGCUGGUCUGCGUGUUCUCAAUUUCUGCACUCCUCUUUCAAGGUCUGAUGCUUGUCGCUAGUCACCCGCUGGUCACCUCACAGAUGAUUUCUGGCAGUUGCGAUCCCUUCAGUGUAGCCCAUUACCAUUGA